CAGCAUUUAACAACCUCCAACACCACCAUUAUAUCUCUUACAACAAUAACAACCUCACGGCUUCCGUUGCUGUCAGCUGUGAGGGCGAAGAUACAUCAUCAAAGAUGGCUAGCAGAGAGAAUGGCACACCCCGUCGGGACGAGGAUGAGGUAUGCCCAAUCUGCAAAUCGUCGCGAUACCUCAACCCCGACAUGCGCUUCCUCAUCAACCCAGAGUGCUAUCAUAAAAUGUGCGAGUCGUGUGUUGAUCGAAUAUUUUCCAGCGGGCCCAAUGCGUGCCCAGUCAUCGGUUGCAAGAAAACAUUACGAAAGAACCGGUUUCGCACACAGACCUUCGAAGAUAUCGGCGUUGAGAGGGAAGUUGAUAUUCGGAAAAGAGUGAUGAGGAUUUUGAAUCGUCGAGAAGAUGAAUUCGACAGUAAACUUGACUGGGACAACUUCCUCGAACAACGCGAAACAAUGAUCAUGAAUCUAGUCACAGGGGUCGAUAUUGCCAAGACAGAAGCGAACCUAAGGAAAUACGAAACCUCCAACCUAGACUCCAUCCGAGCAAACCAGGCGCGCGAAUCGCAAGAAGCAUCAUCCUUUUUGGAACAGCAGUCAUUCGAGCAGGAACAAGCGCGGCUGCGUCGUCAGGCUGCACGAGAAGAGUAUGAAAAGGAACACAACGAGCUCCUCGCCGGUCGCGAAUCUUUCCUUUCCCGCCUUGCUGCUGGCACUGCAGACGACGCAACGAAUCUCGCGCGUGAGGGCCAGAAGAUCUUGCUCAAGAAAUCAUCAGCACGCCGUAGCGAGGAGGAUCGUCUACGUCAAAAGCAAGCCGCUCUACGUGGCGAGAGCAAAAAGUCGGCAUUGGGGAAAACGGCCCUGCUCUCUGGUGCUGGAGACUCGGACGUGGAACCCAGUCUCAUCAAGGGUCUGAAGAAGGUCUCCAUACCGGAGCCCGAGAAACCAUACGACCCAUUUGGUGGCCUGGAUCUUGGAAAGAAAGAUUACUACGUUCUGAAAGACCACUACCCGUCUCAGUGGCUUGAGGAAGCGCGUAAAAAUACCACCAUGGCAGCAGGCGGUUUCGAUAUCAAGGAAUACUACUCGCGGACGCUAUUCGAGGCAUUUGCCGGCUUGGGGUGUUUUAUAGAUGAGGAAGUCGCAAAACGGGGCGGAGCAUCCGAAACAUUCGGUAUGAGGAAGGGCAUUGCGACCCAAGGUGCUGCGCAGCAGGCUGUCACGGGCAAACCGGCCGAGGAUAUUUUUUGAGCUGAUUAUUUGAUUUUGGAAUUGGCAUUGGAGAAGCAUAGCGAUGGCGUUUGGUAUUAUGAAUAUGAUGAUAUACAGUACGAUGUAGAACAUCGGAAUAGCUUUAUGAAAACUUCCUGAAUCUAGUUGAUCAGGUUGAGUGGCUUCUUCCACUCUAAUCAAAACUUCAAUGUCGAUACGGCGGUGUGAAAUAAGAGUGAAUCCAACUAA